AUUCGGCGCAGAGCAAUAGUUUUGCAGAAACAGCUGGAAAAAAGAUAUAAAACUCCAGUUUCUUUAAGUUAUACUAUGAAGCUGUUUGAAUUUAAAAUUUCAGAAGCUACUGUAUUUUUUGAACAACAAAAAAAGAAUCUGAAUUUAAACGAAAAUAUGAUAAAAGGUUUUGAUCAGUUUCUUGAAAGUUUGGAUGAAUAUUUUGAUAUGUAUAAAAUAGGUUCUGCGGAGGGCUGCCAAAUAAAGAUAUUUGGAUCCGUUACAUUGAAUAAUCGUGCCAUUUUACGUGCAACAAACAAAUUCCAAAAUUGGCCAUGGUUUAGCAAUAUAGCGAUAGCCAUGAAUAAUGAGGAACUUUCCGAAUAUCCAUCAGAUAAAGGAAUUUGUUAUGCAAAGACAUUAUUAAUAACAGAAAUAAGACCAUUAAAUGAAUCACCAUUGCAUCUUGCACUUGUACAAUGGUAUAGUUUUAAGUCUAAAAAUAUACCAUUUGUUUAUGGCUGUCCUUUGUUGAAAUUGUCAAA